GCGCGAGAGCAGCACGCGGGGCUCGAGGCGAGCGCGUUACACGGAGCGUCAAGGCGUGGCGGCGUUAGAUCGCGAUUUGAGCUGGUUAUUGACACAUCCCCGUGUCCAGGGGCCGAGUGUUGGUCCAUCGCUGCCGGCGAGCGGCGGUGUGGGACCGGUGGGGCCCCACGGCGGGGCCGGGCCGGGUCGAGCGCCCCUCCCGGGCGGCGGCCGCUGGCGUCACAACAGGGCCCGGGCGGGGGCCCGCCCCGGCCUGGUGCGCGGGUCACGUGAGCGGCGGCGGCGGCGGCGUCAGCUGAUCGCGGCGCGGCGGCGAUGGACUUUCUGCUGGGGAACCCCUUCAGCUCCCCCGUGGGGCAGCGCAUCGAGAGAGCUACUGAUGGGUCCCUGCGGAGCGAGGACUGGGCUCUCAACAUGGAGAUCUGUGACAUCAUUAAUGAGACUGAAGAAGGGCCGAAAGAUGCCUUCCGAGCCAUUAAGAAGAGAAUUGUGGGGAAUAAGAACUUCCAUGAAGUUAUGCUGGCUUUGACGGUCCUGGAGACAUGUGUCAAAAACUGCGGCCAUCGCUUCCAUGUCCUUGUGUCCAGCCAGGACUUUGUAGAAGGUGUCCUGGUGAGAACAAUCCUGCCGAAGAACAAUCCACCUGCCAUAGUGCAUGACAAGGUGCUGACCCUCAUCCAGUCCUGGGCGGAUGCCUUCCGCAGCUCACCGGACUUGACUGGUGUCGUCGCUGUCUAUGAAGACCUGAGACGGAAGGGCCUGGAGUUCCCCAUGACUGAUCUGGACAUGCUGUCACCCAUCCACACACCACAGAGGACUGUGUAUGGCUCUGACUCCCAGUCUGGACAGAAUUCACCUGCAGUCAACUCCCCUCAGCAGAUAGAAUCCAUCCUCCACCCUGUCACCCUGCCCCCUGGGAGAGGAACAUCCAGCGACGCACCCAUCGCACCCACACCAGAGCAGAUUGGGAAGCUGCGCAGUGAGCUAGAAGUGGUGAAUGGGAACAUGAAGGUCAUGUCGGAGAUGUUGACAGAGCUGGUGCCAUCCCAGGCUGAGCCUUCUGACCUGGAGCUGCUGCAAGAGCUGAAUCGGACAUGCAGAGCCAUGCAGCAGCGUGUGCUGGAGCUGAUUCCCCGUGUCCUCCAUGAGCAACUCACCGAGGAGCUACUCCUCAUCAAUGACAACCUCAACAAUGUGUUUCUGCGCCACGAAAGGUUUGAGCGUCUUCGGACAGGACAGCCUGUUAAGGCACCAAAUGAGGCAGAGAACAGCUUGAUUGACCUGGGACCCAGUACUCCUGCAGUGAGAGAGCCUGAAGUCACCAACAACCUCUCCUCUCAGCUGGCUGGAAUGAACCUGGGCUCAAGCAGCGUGAGCGCGGGGCUGCGCUCCCUCGACACCUCUGGCAAGCUGGAAGAAGAGUUUGACAUGUUUGCCCUGACCCGCGGCAGCUCGCUGGCUGAGCAGCGCAGAGAGGUAAAGUACGAAGAUCCCCAAGCCUCCAAAGGACUCGCUGGUGCCCUGGAUGCCCGGCAGCAGAACACAGGAACAAUGCCGGUUCCCCAAGCCAAUUUCAUGGAAGACAUAGAAAAGUGGCUCUCCACUGAUGUGGGAGAGUCAGAGGAUGCAAAAGGUGUCACUAGCGAAGAGUUUGACAAGUUUCUGGAAGAGCGAGCAAAAGUUGCAGACCGGCUACCCACUUUGUCCAGCUCCUCAGCAGGGACAUCCAUCUCCCCUCCUGCUGCCAGCCAUCAUCAGAAGCAAGCAAAGGAAGAUGAUGCUAUGUUUGCCUUGUGAAUGCUAAGGACUGGUGUGCUGUGGAGCAAGAGGCUGUGUGUGCUGUUUUGCUUGCCUCUGACCAGGGGCCAGCAGGGGAAGGACUCUGUCCCCUUCCUCCACUCUCUUCCUGUUUUCCCUUUGAGUUAUUUUUAUUUUUAAGCUGCUUUCAGAUUUCAGAUAAUCUUUGUUGUGUUUAGGGAUGCCAUACAAUAGACUUGUGAAGGGGGUUUUCAAAGCUGCUAGAGAACGUGGGAGUUCAGUGGGCUUUUUUUUUUUUUUUUUUUGUAUAAUGUGGGCAAAGUAGAAGCUUCCCAUCCUCCUCUCCAGUGAGGUAGUCCGAGAUCUUGCCCAAGAAACAGAAGAGGUUGCAGUCUGCUGCUGAAAUCAUUCCUGCUUGCCUCUUUCCUUGCCCCAUCCCUAGAAUGGAUCUCCAGCCCUCUGCCUGCCACCGUUAGACUGGAAAGCAUGGGGAUGCAAAGCGUUCCAGGUAGCAGAGGAGGAACACUAAUGGUAGAUGGACCCUGUUCCUCUAGUCUCUCUUGCACAAGUGCUUGUGGUAUGCAACACCUUACCACUCACAACCCCUUCUCUUCCUCUUCAUUUCUUCCCCCUCCCCAUCAGUUUAUCUAGAAUCCAGCCCACAGCCCGAAUAUUUCCGUUGCAUGACAGCCAGUUACCAAAGCCCUUGGCUGCACUCAGGGCUUGAGCUGCGACCAGUACCCCAGGCUGAAGGGGCAGUCUGCUAUGGGGUAGGAUGUGCCUUUGGCAAACUCUUUGCAGUUAAUUUAAUUCUCCCAUUAUUAUACCUUUCUGCCCUCUUUCCCCAAUGCAAUCCCACCUCCCUCUCUCACUUCCACUGAUGCCAUCCACUGCAUUGUGCCGCGGUGUGGGGAGUCUGUCUGAGCUUCUGAUCAGGCAAAUGCUAGAGAGUCCUCAGGGCAGCUGUGUGUGCUGGGGGCAAAGAGCUGUGUUCCCUAAAGCAGGAGGCCCUUACAUAGGCACCGCUAUGCCAGCAAGAACAUGCUGUUGCUGGGGUAGCUUGUUCAGCUGGUGAGCACAGAGGUGAAGCAACACAUUAGUCAUCUUGUGCCAGCAAAGCAGCCCCGCAGCAGCCAGCAGCUCCUUUGCACAUGGGGGAAAAAACUCUUCUGAGCAAACCACACACGCUGCCCAAUUGUAAAAGGCGGCCAGGGAGGAGGGUGCCAAGCCCGGGGCUCCUGCUCGUGGGAUUUCUUGUUGAGCGUGGGCAAGUUGCCUUUUUUUAUUGCACAUUAAAGGAGCAAAAUCUUGAGCCUCCCUUGAA